AAAAGAAAAGAAAGAAGAGAAGAGAGAAAAGAGAAGAGAAGAGAAAAGAAACUGGCUCAGAGAGUGUGAUGGGCCCCCCCACAGUCACACAGCAGAAAGGGAGGAUCCAGGAAUGCUUCCUAAAGGAGGUGGCAAUGGUCCUGGGCCAGCAGGAUGGAGGGUUUGACUGGGCCAACAGGCAGAGGGCUGGUGUUCUAGGCGGGGUGAAGAGGAGGAGGGGAGCUGUCCAAGAGGCAUGGCAGUCUGAGCCCAACACCCAACACAGGGUGGAGUAGAGUGUGGGUGGGGCUCAGGGGUAUGUGCUGAGCUGACCUGUAGUGGCAGGGCAGGAAUGAGCUGUCUGGGCUCCUGACCCCACCCUGCACCUUGGCCCCAGCCAGUUCCUUCUGUCCGGGCAGGAAGGAGUGCUCUGUGGACUUGGAGGCUGCAGGCGCCUUCCUGGGGACUGCUCUGUGAGCAGUGAUAAAAUAUUUAUCAGCCAGCAGCUGGGCUUCCCUGCACAGGGUGCAGUCGGGGGCAGCUCCCACCCGAGCCUGCAGCCUGAGUUCUGCUGAGUCAUGGGGGAGCCCAGUGAGCCACCUGCCGUCAGGCUCCUGGGCCCCCUCUGCCCUUUGGCCAUGUGAACGCCUCCUAAUGUGUAAACCAUUCGGCUGCCCCUAAGGCCAGGCAUCCAGCGUGCUUGGUGCUGAGCAGGGUGCAGAGCUCACCCCCCCAGGAGGGCGCAGACCUCAGCCAAGGUCGCAGGGCAAAGGACACCUGUGGGCUGGGCUUCCACCUGUGCCCACCCUGGCGGCAUCCCACCUCCUGAGUCCUCUCAGCACCCAGCAAGGUUGAAGUUCAUGAGUUCGCCCAGCCUCAGUGACCUGGGCAAGAGAGAGCCGGCCUCCGCCGCGGACGAGCGGGGCACGCAGCAGCGCCGGGCCUGCGCCAACGCCACCUGGAACAGCAUCCACAACGGGGUGAUUGCCGUCUUCCAGCGCAAGGGGCUGCCCGACCAGGAGCUCUUCAGCCUCAACGAGGGUGUCCGGCAGCUACUGAAGACGGAGCUGGGGUCCUUCUUCACAGAGUACCUGCAGAACCAGCUGCUGACAAAAGGCAUGGUGAUCCUUCGGGACAAGAUCCGCUUCUACGAGGGACAGAAGCUGCUGGACUCGCUGGCAGAGACCUGGGACUUCUUCUUCAGUGACGUGCUGCCCAUGCUGCAGGCCAUCUUCUACCCGGUGCAGGGCAAGGAGCCGUCGGUGCGCCAGCUGGCCCUGCUGCACUUCCGGAACGCCAUCACCCUCAGUGUGAAGCUAGAAGAUGCGCUGGCCCGAGCCCAUGCCCGCGUGCCCCCUGCCAUCGUGCAGAUGCUGCUGGUGCUGCAGGGGGUACAUGAGUCCAGGGGCGUGACCGAGGACUACCUGCGCCUGGAGACGCUGGUCCAGAAGGUGGUGUCGCCAUACCUGGGCACCUACGGCCUCCACUCCAGCGAGGGGCCCUUCACCCAUUCCUGCAUCCUGGGCUCCCCGCAUCCGCAGGAUGGAAUCCCCGCCUUGACCUUACACGGAGGGCCUGUCCCCAUCUGCCCCCAUCGUAGCCCCACAACCUGGCCCCAUGGCUCGCCUGUGUGGACUUCUUGCCGCCCCCCGCUUCAUCCCCUUGGACACCAGCUCCGGUGGGGCGGGGGCUGCACCUGCCUAGGAAAGUGCAGACGUCCAGCAGGUGCCAAAGUCCAUACACUUCCACAGGUGGAGAAACUGAGGCACGGGGGAAAAGCGCCUCCUCCGCCGCUCCCGUUCGGGGGACGUGCUGGCCAAGAACCCGGUGGUGCGCUCCAAGAGCUACAACACGCCACUGCUGAACCCCGUGCAGGAGCACGAGGCAGAGGGCGCGGCGGCCGGCGGCCCCAGCAUCCGCAGGCACUCCGUGUCGGAGAUGACGUCCUGCCCCGAGCCCCAGGGCUUCUCCGACCCGUCUGGCCAGGGCUCUGCCGGGGCCUUCAGGUCCUCCCCAGCACCCCACUCAGGGCCCUGCCCCAGCAGACUCUACCCCACGACCCAGCCCCCUGAGCAGGGCUUGGAUCCCACUCGCAGCUCCUUGCCCCGCACCAGCCCGGAGAACCUGGUGGACCAGAUCCUGGAGUCCGUGGACUCGGAUUCUGAAGGGAUUUUCAUUGACUUUGGCCGGGGCCGGGGCCGGGGCUCCGGCAUGUCCAACUUGGAGGGCUCUGGUGGCCGGCAGAGUGUCGUGUGAGGCCUCACAGCUGGCCUUGAGUUUUUACUGACACGUCCCCAUGUGCGGAGGUGUCCAUGUGGCGUGUGUGUGGGUGUGUGUAUGUGUGAGACUUUUUUACUCUGUGCCGUCCCGCCAGCCUGUUGGCCUCCUCGCUGGCCUCGGUCGCUUUGUAUUUCUGUCUUGGUUGGAAAUACCAUCAGCCUCCCUGGCCCGGCUCAGGUCUGUUUCUGGCAUCUGAGUCAGCGUUACCUGGGGGCCUGGGUCAGGGACAGGGGUCGGCCACUCGCUCCCACGCUCCUCCUGCCCCAGCCCUCUGGUGUCCACACCUGCCCGCAGAGAAUGUGAAUCCAGUGGGGUCUGCCCACGCCGGGCCCCAGAGUGACCAGACUCCAGCACACCUGUCUCUUCCUACCUGGGGUGGCCAUGGGGAUGGAAAGGGGUGGAAUAAAACCUGUCGACCCA